CGACGGUCGCUUCUACCCCAAGGUUCAGCUCCGGUGAGAAAUUCGUUCACUGUCCACUCGCGGAUCGAACACUCGAUCGACCGCUCCACGCGUUGGGCGGGGCACGUCACAACGCAAUUUAGCUUCGGCUUUGGAGCUGCUCGGUGCUGACUUUCUCCUUAUCGUCGGCCUCUAUUACGUGCAGUGUCUUCGUCCCUCUCUGUGUCUGGAUACCGGCCACCUCUCGCUCCUCCGAACGCGUUCACCGGGUUACUCACUCUUCUCCACAUCCUCAGAGCUCCUUGCCUAGCGAUCACCCCCACGCUCGGCAAACACAACUCAAUAGACCUCAUCCCCUACACAAGACUCAACCCAAGAUGCGGAUGACCGACAUGGGACCCAUGGAGACCCCGAGCUACGGCAGUCCCAAUCGGAUGCACGUGCUGGCUAACGGCGAUAUCGUGGACUGCGGACGUCUGCCACAGACAGCGCGCAACAAUCUCUACAAGACUGAGCUCUGCAAGCACUUCACGGAAAACGGAAGCUGCCGGUACGGCUCCAAGUGCCAGUUCGCGCACGGCGAGGAAGAACUGCGUGGCGUGCUACGUCACCCCAAGUACAAGACCACGCGCUGCAAGGCCUUCAUGUCCACGGGCAAGUGCAUGUACGGUUCACGCUGCCGCUUUAUCCACACCCGGCACCCAGGCGACGAGGACCAGCGGUUCGUCGACUACGGCAGCAGCGAUCUGUCCAGCACCGCCAGCGAGUCGGACGACCAGGAGACACACUCCAAGGACCUGUUGGUGAACCCGUACGGCAACGUACUGGAGCCUAUCGACUUGUCCGUUCCUUUCGGCGGCUUCAACCAGCAGAUGUCAUUGGCACCUCUGUCUGGCUUGUCGCCUCCCAAGCCCGAGUUCGACUCGUACCUGAGUCGCGACCCGUUCCUAGACUAUUCGUUCCAGAGCAGCGACCUCGGCAGCUUCGGCCUUCGAAGCAGCACCACCAGCAACUGCAGUGGCGACGCGCUGAACGCCAUGUCGCCUCGCUCGGCGAGUAGCACCGAGUCUGCGACUUCCAAGUUCUCGCGCUUAUCCAUUUUCCAGCGUAUUUGCCGCGAGGACGAAUAGAGAGGGCGGCAGUGAGCCACGCCACCAGCCAGCUCCGUCCUCGUCCAGCAUCAUAAUUUAUCAGACGACCCAAGUGCACAAAAAUUGAGAGUGAAGUGGCGUGACGACACAAGCAAAAGAAUCCUGGCUUCGACGUCAUCGCUGGCUGGCGACGAGAGCCCCCAAGUAUAACUGCGUCAGUGGAUUGACGGCAGCCUCGUUUUUCGUUUCCCCCCCCCAACCCGGAACAAUUUUUUUAAAAAAAAAAAACGUUUUUUUUAUUGACAUAAACUCAAGUGUACAUCUACAAACGGCAUUUGUUGCUUCGAGUUUGGAUUGACGAGGCUCACCUAGACAUAUUCAAUUUGAUUAAGCAGUGUAGAUCGUGUCUUGUCAAUAGAUCGGAUGAUGAAAAAACU